CUCCUUCCUCAACAGCGCAGCAGAUACAACUUAACGCGGGGAAAGUGUGUGUUGUUUCUCUAGAAAACCAGAAACUUCACGUUUCUCUUCGCUCGAACUUUACAAGUUUAACCUCGGUCUCCUAGAGUCAUGUCAAGAAAGAAGGCAGCGAAGGGUAAAGGGAGCUCUAAGAGCCCAAAGCCGUCUCCCAGCAGCGGGCGGACAGCAAAGGGACUGGCCGCCGCUGGAGCUCCGUCCUCCGCGCUGGUUUACCCGAGCAGACCCUCCAUCAGCAACAGCGGCGAGUUUUACGACAUCGCCUUUAAGGUGAUGCUGGUGGGGGACUCAGGUGUGGGAAAGACCUGUCUGCUGGUUCGUUUUAAGGAUGGAGCCUUUUUAGCUGGAAGUUUCAUCUCUACAGUUGGCAUCGAUUUCAGGAAUAAAGUCAUGACUAUCGACAGCAUCAAGGUCAAAUUACAGAUUUGGGAUACAGCUGGUCAGGAGCGUUUCCGCAGUGUCACUCAUGCCUAUUACCGUGAUGCCAAUGCUCUGCUGCUUCUCUAUGAUGUCACCAACAGAGCAUCCUUUGACAACAUCAGGGCCUGGCUGACAGAAAUUCAUGAGUACGCCCAGCAGAACGUGGUCGUCAUGCUGCUGGGCAACAAGGCUGAUUCCACUCAUGACAGGGUGGUGAAACGAGAGGAAGGCGAGAAGCUGGCCAAGGAGUUUGGAGUACCCUUCAUGGAGACGAGUGCUAAAUCUGGGCUGAAUGUGGAGCUGGCUUUCACUGCAGUGGCCAAAGAGCUGAAGCACCGGACCAUGAAGGAACCCGACGAGCCGAAGUUUCAGCUACAGGAAUAUGUGGACAAAGAAAUGAGGGUCGCCAGCUGCUGCCGCUCUUAAACCACAUCCAUGGGUUAACCAAGUUUCUACUGAAGGCAAAGAAACGAAACAGGGAUACUAUCAUCAUUAUUAUUAAUAUUUAACUACACAAUAAGCUAGAGUGUGUGUGUGCCUGGGAAUGACCCUGAAACUCUCCGUCUCAGUGAUUAUAAGGCCAAUCUGGUCUCCCAUAACCCACCAUCUACUGCAACUGUGAAUGUAUAAUAUCUUCUGUUCACAUGCAUGUCCACAAACACAUUAUGCUCUGUUCACUGCCUGCAGGAUCCAUAUUGUCCAGUUUUUUCUUAUUGAUGUAAAUAUUUUAAAGAGGAUUUAGAUUUGUCUUUUGGAAGCUGUGUGGUUUGUUAAAGCAUUACAACAGAACUAGAUGUUAAUAAUGGUGUACAGAUUAUCAAACCAACCUUAGGAAAGCAAAAGAACGAGCUAAUCUUAUCAAACUCUUAAGGUUUUUUAAAAUACUGUGUCCUCCUGUUGUACAGUCUGUAACCAUUUUAUUCAAAGUGAAACUUAAUCUGAGCAUUUGUCCUUAUGUUUGCUCCAUUUUAACAUGUGAUAAGAUCUGGGCACUCAAAGCUUUCAAUUUUUCUGCUAUUUUGACACAAUAUGAAAUGUAAAGGACUGUACUUUGCACUUUAUCAUAAAAACACAAAGGAAAUGGUGUUUUUUCCUGAGAUGAUGUCUAAUUUAUUUAUGAUGAUUAAAUUAGCUAUCAGUGUUUUUUAUUGUUAUAAAAUAUUCCUCUGAAA